AUGGAGCAGGAGGCCGAUGGGCUGAGCCAGUGGCAGGCGGCUCAGCACCAGCUCGUGGAGGACACCGAGAAGUCAGUGUCCUUGGACAUGUUUCCAUCUCCUGGAAGCAGCGGAGUGCACACCUCCUGGAACCAUGGCCCAUCCAUUCACUUUCCUCGACGCACACAGCUGGAGAGGGUCCCUGUGGUCUCUGCUGAGACACCCAGGCAGAAUGCAAGUGAAAUGGGGCCACGGUUCAGCAUGUUGCUGCCUGAGCUUGGUCUGAACUACUGCCCUCAAGUGACUGUUACUGCUUCUCCGAUCAUUUACUCUCAGGGUGUAUCUUCCUCCCAGCCAGAAAUGAUGAUUUUCAAGGGGCCCCAGACAAUGCCUUCAGGAGAUCCCAGUAUUCCAGGGAUGGCCAUGACCUUCGGUGAGAGUUUAAGGGUGGCCCCCAGCGGGUUGCCAAUCUCAGCUCCCAGUGGCAUCCCAAUGAUGUCUCACAUCAAGGUGCUAACAAUGCCUUAUUCCGGCCCCCAAGCAGUACCUUCUAACAGAGACUCUUUAACACCUGAAAUGUUAUUGGGCCCAACCAUGCCUUCUACUGAGGCCCAGGCAGUGCUCCCUCCUGUGGCUCAUAUGUUACCCUCUACAAAUCCCCACGACUUUGGGAUGCCCCCAACUGGUUCCCCAUCGCUGCUGGCUUUAGAAUCCCAGGACUCUGUGAGCCAGCCAGGUUCCCAGGAAGACCCCUUCCUACCUGAGCAGCCAAUACCUGUUCCACGUAAAGCAGAGCAGAACUCCGUGGCCCAGGAAAGGGCUCCCAGGAGGAGAUCCCCCAUCUCAAGGCCUUACCGCUGCCAGCAUGAGAGCUGUGGAAAAGCUUAUACUAAACGCUCCCACCUCGUGAGUCAUGAGCGCAAACACACAGGUGAAUGA